CAUUUGUUUACAGUCCCAAUAACCUUUGAGUAGUGUUUUUGGGAACCUUUGAUAAAUUAAUCUAAUCGCAACCGCUAACGUAAUCUCUGACAACAAUUUCUACCAAAUAUAAACUUAUAUUCCAAGCCAAAACAUUGUCAGUACUCGGAAUAUACGGUACACAUUUUUAGCAAACAAAUUUUAAGCAUAAUUAGUUUAUAACCAUGACAUUGGAACUACGUCCCCUAUCACCGGCCUUACAGCAAAAGGCAAUCGAUGAACUCAAUGAAAAUCCCACCAGAAUUGCUGAAGAUUUGCAAAUGUUUCGAGAAUGGAUCUUAAAGCAGCCCCAUAUCAGAUCACGUCUGGAUGAUCAAUUCCUGAUUGCAUUCUUGCGCGGUUCUAAAUAUAGUUUGGAAAAGGCCAAAAAGAAACUGGACGGUUACUAUACAAUGCGUACAAAUUUUCCCGAACUCUUCGAAUCGCUCAUCGAUGAACAGAGGGCAAGAGCUAUACUGAGAAUGUGUCUUGGUGCCCAUUUACCCCUACCCCUGGGCGAAGAUGGGCCACGUCUAGUGCUCAUGCGUCCUGGACAUUAUAAUCCCGAUUUGGCAUCCCUCUAUGAACUGAUGCGAUUAGAUCUGCUUUUCCAAGACUUGGUUAUGUUGGAAAAUGAUCAUGUUGUGAUCGGGGGCUAUGUACAUCUUAUUGACUUUGCUGGCUUUUCAACCAAACAUGCUCUACAAUUUCAACCAGCCAAAAUGAGACAUCUAAUUUACUAUAUGGAAGAAGCUUUGCCAAUACGUACUAGGUCUCAGCAUUUAUUCAAUACCAGUUCGGCAUUUGAAACCAUUUUUGGUAUGAUGAAACCUUUGUUACCCGGAAAAGUUAAGGAGAGGAUUAUGGUCCAUACCAGCAUGGAAUCGGUUUAUGAAAAAGUUCCCCUAAAAUACUUUCCCAAGGAAUAUGGCGGUGAAAAUGGCAGCAUAGAAGAGAUUGCAGCCGCAGGCGAAGAAAUGCUAAUGAAGUAUCGUGAAUACUUGGCCGAACAAAAGCAAUACGGAACCGAUGAGAAGUUGAGACCAGGUCAACCCAUUAAUUUUGAUGCCAUCUUUGGUGUUGAUGGUACUUUCCGCAAAUUGGAAGUUGAUUAGAGAGUAAUGACUGAAAGUUGAUAUUGUGCUAUAAAUAAAUUGUUUUUGUA